AUGGAGAAAACUUUAGAAGAACUAUCCAAUCUUCUGAAGGACUUUGAUAAGGAAUUUCUCACAAUUAUGGACAUUGAUUCAUUAAAUAAGCCAUUUAAACGCGUGAUGUAUGAAGUAAAACUAAUUUCAACAUAUUGGCAUGAUUCUUUGAAUUAUCAACAUGAAAUUUUUGAAUUAGUCAAGCAUCUUAAGGAUCUACAUCCUGAUGAGGAAGCUGAAACAGAUAUACAUCAAGCAGAAAUAGAUUUUGUUGAUUUACACGUUUCUAUAAUGCCUAUAUAUGACGCAGUCAUUGAAAAAUUACGUAACGAAUACAUAUUAUGGCGAAACUUUAGAUGUAAUACAAUGGAAGAUAACGAAGAAAAAACAAAAAUAGAAAUAGAAAAAGCAGAACAAAAUGCAUGGAACAUUGUUAGCGAAACAAUAAGUAACUCUUGCAUUGGCACAUUUACAUUCACAUUAUACAACUUUUCUAAACAAUUAGCUCCAAAAUCAAUAGAAUCUCUUAAAUAUCAUACCAAGAGGCUGACAGAAAUCCACCUUAACUAUUUAUGCCAUAAUCCUCAAUAUGAUCUUAUCGAAGCUCAUUGA